AUGGACUUCACAUCCGACUACGAGCCGUCUUCGGCUUCAUCGGGCUUCACAUCUAUAGAAACCGCCACUAAAUAUCACAUCUACGAAAACGGACGCCGGUAUCAGGCAUUCGUUGAAGGGAGGUAUCCGCUCCCCAACGAUGAGGGCGAACUGAACCGCGAGGAAAUCAAGCACUCCAUGGCCAAGGUUGUUACCGGCUCUUCCAUAGGCCUUGCUCCCGUCGGCGACAGUCCGCAAAAAAUUAUCGACCUUGGCACCGGUUCUGGUGUCUGGGCCAUUGAGGCCGCAGACCGAUAUCCCAGCGCCCAUGUUAUCGGCAUAGACCUCUCCCCCAUACAACCGUACUUCGCUCCGCCCAACGUCGAAUGGAAAAUCGACGACCUAGAAGCCGACUGGCCCCCAGCCUACCGCAAUUCGGAUUAUAUCCAUGCCCGCUGCUUCAUCACCACCAUCCGAAAUCCCACCAAAUUAAUCUCCUCCGUCUACGAACAUCUCCGUCCCGGCGGCUGGGUCGAAUUCGAAGAUAUAACCCCCAUCCCCGUCUUCGAGCCCACAACCUCCCCACCAUCCCCCUCUUCCCUCCUUCUUACCCGCUUCUUCUCUCUCAUCAACACCGACUUCGCCCACCGCUACGGCUGGAGCCCCUCCCUCCCCUCCCACCUCCCCACGGCCCUCUCCUCCGCCGGCCUCGUCAACGUCGGCGUCCGCCGCGAAAGGCUACCCCUGGGGCCCCGGCCGCGCGCCAAAUCCGACGCCAAGACUCGCGAGGUCGCCCUCUACAUGCAGCUCCUCGUUGACGGCCUCGUCGCCGGCGUGUUGGCCAAGCAUAGGGAGCUGGACCUCACAGGCGAGGAGGCGGAGGUUUUGGCGAAGGGUGUGGAGGCUGCUGUUAGGGAUCCGGGAGUUUCAUCCGCCUCGCAAACCGGAUUCCUCAGCUCUCCUCUGCAUUCAUGCCUGGGAACUGGGAUCUCCCAUGAUUUCAACAUCAUCAUCCUCAGCAUUACCAUCCUCAUCUUCAUCGUCUUCGUCAUCACCAUUAUCGCCUCGUGA